AUGUGUGAGGUGUUUAAUGCUGCCACUAAACCAUACAGAUGCAAGCCCGUCUUGACUUUACUGGAGGAGGUUAGGAGGUAUGCCAUGACUAGUAUGGCAAGGAACAAACUGAAACUCUCUAGCCAUGUAGGACACUUACCUCCGAUUCAACAAAGUAGACUUGCAAAGGAGAGGUAUUACAGUAGGUAUCAUACACCAAUGUGGUCUGGAGAUGCGGCUGAGGUCAUGUUUGAAGUGAAUGGUGAACCACAUAAUGUGGUGGUUAAUUUGGGAAACCAAACAUGUAGCUGCAGGUUUUGGCAGUUAUCGGGAUUACCUUGUCGUCGUGCAAUAACUGCAAUUUCAGUCAUGAAUGGUAGGCCCGAGAAUUAUGUCCAUGCAUGGCUAACAAUGGGCUCUGAUGUGGGAUAA